AUGCAGGUCCAGUUAAAUAAACAACUAAUCAGUUCUCGUCUAAAAAAUGUCUACGAUGGUUGGAGGAAUGCGAGUCAAAAUGACGAGUACGGCUCCAUAGCAGAUGCAGAAGCUCUCCUGUUGCUGUCAGGAGAUCCUGCCGGAGAAGAUGAGCCCGUGAGGAAAGGGACUGCCUUUCAGACUUGGUUGCUUGGUUAUGAGUUUCCCUCCACCUUACUUCUCUUCCAGAAGGACAAGCUUCUGAUAUUAUGCUCCGCUAGCAAAGUUCUUGCACCAAAUAAAGGAGGGAAUCCACCUGUUCCAGUCGAGAUACUCGUGCAAGCAAAGGCGAAGGAACCACCUAGUGAUGCGCUGCCAAAAUUCGUGGAGGCUUACACAUCUUUCAAACGCGUCGGGAGUUUGGUGAAGGAAAUGUGCACGGGGAAGUUGAUGACGGAGUGGGAGCAGGGCGUCUCAAAAGCUGACAAAAAACCCGAAUUGGUCGAUAUGGCCCCUGCGUUGUCUGCAUUCAUGGCCGUCAAGGACGAAGAAGAAAUGAAAUGCAUCCGUACGGCGGCUAAUCUUACUUCCACCUUGCUCGUUCACCACAUCGUGUUAAAACUGGAGAUGAUAUUGGACAAGGAAGCCAAGAUAACUCAUGAACAAUUUGCCACUCAAAUAGAGGCACGACUUGGGUCGGGUGAAGGUGAAGCUGCCAAGGGGCCUGAUAUGAAGGUGUGGAGUAAAGGGCGGGGCCUCAAUGAUGUUGACUGGGCAUCGACGGAGUUCUGCUACUCUCCUAUCAUUCAGUCGCGGUCAACAACAACCGGUUAUGAUUUGCGAUCGACUGCGGAGUCAUCCUCGGACACCAUCGCACACAAAGGUGUCUUCCUAAUUGCCGUUGGCAUGCGAUACAAGGGUUACUGUGCCAAUCUUGGGCGGAGUAUCAUUGUUGACCCCUCGAAAGAACAAGAAGCCAUCUACAACCUACUGCUGUCGAUGCAGAGCGAGAUGCUGAGGGAAAUCAAGGAUGGCGUCAGUGCACGUGAAGUGUAUCAACGAGCAUUGGACAUUGUGAAAAAGGAGAAGCCAGAGCUUGAGAAGAACUUUGUCAAGAAUGCUGGGUUUGGAACCGGCGUGGAAUUCCGUGAUUCUGCGUAUUUGCUUUCUUCUAAAAACUCCAAGCACCUGAAGACGGAUAUGGUGCUAAAUCUGUCUCUUGGCUUCUCUGACUUGCUUGAUGACAACGGCAAGAAAUACGCCCUCCACAUAGUCGACACUAUUCGCGUUGGCGCUGACAGAUCAACUCUUUUGACUGAAGGUGCCAAAUCCACUAAAGACACACUUUUCUUCCUGAACCCCGAAAAUGAAAUUGAGGUGGAAGAAGACAAGCCGUCCAAACCCAGUAAGAAGGCUCCUGUGAAGCCUCUAGUAAAUGGUUCCCCCGUCAAGAACAAGACAGUUGGUGGCAAGGUGUUGCGAAACAAGACGCGUAGCGCUGCUCAGGAGGAAGUUUUGAUGACCGCAGCCGCCAAAAUCAAGGACCACCAGCAACAACUACAUGAAGGCCUCCAGUCUGCUGGAUUAGCAAAGUACUCUGAAAGUGCUAGCGGUGGCGGUGAAAAGGAGGGGAAAACCUGGAAGCGCUUCCAAAGCUAUAAGGGUGAAAGCGCACUGCCGCGGGAAGUUGAAAGUCUCCGAAUAUCCGUAGACCGCAAAGCUCAAACGAUUGUGUUGCCCGUGCAUGGAUUUGCUGUACCUUUCCACAUCAACACUAUCAAGAACGUGAGCAAAAAUGAUGAAGGGGAUUACACAUAUCUCCGGAUCAACUUCCAGACCCCUGGUCAGCUCGCCGGGAAGAAAGAUGACACGCCUUUUGAAGACCCCGACUCUACUUUCAUUCGUUCAGUCACCUAUCGGUCAAGUGAUGGCCAUCGCUUUGACACUAUUUCCAAACAAAUCACAGACCUAAAGAAAGAGGUUAACAAACGCGAGCAACAGAAGAAGGAAAUGGCUGACGUCAUCGAGCAAGAUGUCCUGCUCGAGAUCAAAGGCAGACGUGCGCACAAGCUGCCUGAGGUAUUCGUUCGCCCCGCCCUUGAUGGCAAACGGUUACCCGGCGAGGUCGAGAUCCACCAGAACGGUCUGCGCUACCAGUCUCCAAUGGGCUCUCAGAAAAUUGAUGUCUUGUUCACUAACAUCAAACACCUCUUCUUCCAGCCUUGUGACAAGGAACUUAUGGUCAUUGUGCACAUUCAUUUGAGAGCUCCUAUCAUGAUUGGGAAGAAGAAAGCACAUGAUAUCCAGUUCUUCCGCGAGGCUUCCGACGUUCAGUUUGAUGAGACUGGCAACCGGAAGAGAAAACACAGAUACGGCGAUGAAGAUGAAAUCGAGAUGGAACAGCAAGAACGAAAGCGAAGGCAGAUGCUCAACAAGGAGUUCAAGCUCUUUGCCGAGCGAAUAGCCGAGGCAGCAUCGACGUCUAUGGGUGAGACACUCGAAGUCGACAUCCCCUUCCGUGAAUUGUCGUUCGAGGGAGUGCCAUUCCGCACCAACGUCCGAUUGCAACCCACAACUGAAUGUCUCGUGCAUCUCAUCGACCCUCCGUUCCUUGUUGUCACUCUCAACGAGAUCGAGAUUGCUUCCCUGGAACGUGUUCAAUUCUCGCUCAAACAAUUCGAUCUUGUACUCAUCUUCAAGGAUUUCACCAAAGCGCCGUUGCACAUCAACUCGAUACCAAGUGGUCAACUUGAUGAUGUGAAGAAUUGGCUGGACUCGGUCGACAUUCCUCUUGGUGAAGGUCCAGUCAACUUGAACUGGGGUCCUAUCAUGAAGACCAUCAACGAGAGCCCGUAUGAUUUCUUCCAGCAGGGCGGUUGGCGAAGUUUCCUCGGUGGGGGAGACGCCGAUAGCGAUGCAGACGAGGGUUCGGACAGCGAAUCCGAGUUCGAGGCAGAUCCUGAGGAACUGCAGUCUGAGGAGAGCAGUGCCGAUGCUAGCGAGUAUGACGGCUCAGAUGCGAGCGACGACUCAGGAAGUGGUUCUGGUUAUGAUGAUGAUAGCGAUGACGGCGACGACUGGGAAGAGCUAGAAAGGAAAGCCGCCAAAUCCGAUUCCAAGCGAGCCGCCGAGGCAAAGGGAACUCGCGGAGACUCCGACUCGGAUGAUGACCGACCUAAAAAGAAGAAGGCUCCUGCUAAACCCAAGGCGAAUGGCAAAAACAAGAAGCGGUGA